AUGGUUGUGGAACCACCAACGCUCAUCGAGUGCUUCAAGGGCUCGUCAAAGCCUGUGCGUACCUGCUCUUUUGAGGCAGAGUCGCGGCAGCUGAGCAGCGCAGGUGAUGAUCGCACAAUCAUGAUAUGGAAUCUCACUCCACCAAUCAGAGCCUUUAAGUUUGUAGGGCACAACGAUACUGUAGUGGGCUCCGCAUACUGUCCCACACAGAGUCUUUUGGCCACUGCUUCCUUUGAUAAGUCCGUUAGACUAUGGACCCCUAAUAUACAUGGUAAUAGCAUCUUUCGCAAGGUUCAUACAGCACGUAUCCGAGAUGUCAGCUUCUCUAUCGAUGGGAGAACUAUUGUCACCUGCUCAGACGAUAAAUCUAUCAAGCUUUUCGAUACAACUAAUGUACAGUUUAGAGUCUGCCUCAGUGGACAUACAAACUGGGUUUACAGUGCUCGGCUCAGCCCAGAUGGCCGUCUGAUAGCUUCUGUUUCUGACGACCUUUCUUUGCGCAUCUGGGAUACGCGUACUCUGAGCUGCGUUCAAGCCAUCACCAACGACAACGGACUCUCAUUGAAUCCUCGCGUCAUACGGUGGUCUCCAGAUGGCACAACAGUGGCUACUGGCUGUACCCAAGACGUACAGCUUUGGGAUGUGCGGUCUAGUACCCUUUUGCAGCACUACUCCUGUCACACCAAUCAAGUGACAUGCCUGGACUUCCACCCCAACGGCAAAUACAUGAUAUCUACUGGCAGUGACGGCACAGCCCGCAUCCUCGACCUUGUGCAGGGUCGUUCUCUGUAUACCGUCCGUGGACACGAAGGUGGGGUGAACUGUAUAUCUUUCUGCCCGGACGGAAGCGUCUUCGCAACGGGCGGGGACGAUGGAAGGGUGAUGCUCUUCGAGCUAGGUGUCUAG